AGCACUUGUACAGCGUCAUCUCCACCUCUUUGCAUUCCUCAAAGAGCACCAUUCAUCUUCAUCCCCACAAUUCCAAACAAACCCAUUGUUUAGCACUUCGCUGGUAGCAAACUCAAAGCACCAAACCGGACACACAUUUACACAGGCUUCCGCCUUAACUUACUCGAGACAGGCUACUGGGAGACUGCAUCUGUACUGAGGAGACCAUAAGGAUACUAACUGCCCGGCGGAGCGCCGCUUGCCUUGCGUGAGUUCCGGACCAUACAGGAUAUCCAUCCUCGGAAAACACCCACCGGACUCGACCUGCAUACAAAAUGCUGUCCACAAAUUCGCCCUCUGGCAUCCAGCGACGACGAGCCAUGCAUCGCCGCCAAAACUCGACACCCAGUGCAUAUGAGGCGCCUACUAUACGACCACUGCCUGCUACUAACCCCCAACAGCGACGACACAACCGGACUGGCAUGAGCUUGGAUCUCCGGGGCUUGAACCUAGACUCGAUCCGUGCUCAUAGCUCAGGCCCAUCCACCGGACCAAGAUACCCAGGACCCUUCGACACACCAUCCUUCAGGCAGGAUGCCAACACCGUAAGUAAUACUAACCUAGGACAAUACCCACAGCACUCUAUGCAAGUAGCGCAGACGUACAGCCAGCCCCAGCCGGGCCACCAGGACUCCUUCUUGCGAUCCCCAGUACAGACCUCUCUCCCAAUACCGCAGACUCCUCGACGGAUACAGCGCGCGCAGUCUCCCCAGCAGCCUCCCGUCCCCUCCUCACUCCCACCCACAGAACAACAACUGAAAGAUCUCCAUGAGCACAUACAGUCGGUGUACGGCUCAUGUGGGCAAGUCUUCAUCAACAUCCUCCCAACACCAAGUGCGACACCUCAAAAACCAGCGCAAUUACCAAGUCAUGAAGCUCUCAAUGUAGCUUCUCUGCCAGCAAAUUUUACUGAUUUGACAGACAUCAAUCUCGAGCCAACAUCGAGUGCCAUGACUUUCGACUUUGAGCACCCAGACGUCGACUUGGGUUACGAAUCCUCCUCAUAUUACACCUCUGACGCCGUGUCACCGUCGUCCCCCUGCUCUCCAGACCAAAAGACAAUGCAAACAUUCCUCGAGGGCAUCGCAGAGCACCCAUCGCAAGAAAUGUUCUUCUCGCAAGCUCCACCUAUGCUCCCGCAAUCUGACAACUCAAUGUUGCUCAACGGCCUACCUCUGUCUGAUGGAUCGAUGGACCAAAACACGACUUUUGACGACCUCGAAGUCGACGCAAGUCUCGAGUUCACCGGCAUUGCACCAGAAGAAGUACAACGAUACAUCAGCGAACAGAACGCAGUGACCAACAAAUGGACAUGUCUCUUCCAAGAUUGUGGCAAGGUUUUCGGCAGGAGAGAGAACAUCCGCUCGCACGUGCAGACCCACCUCGGGGACAGACAGUACAAGUGCAACGGGUGUGGAAAGUGCUUUGUUCGUCAACACGACCUCAAGCGUCAUGCAAAGAUCCAUUCCGGAAACAAGCCCUACAAGUGCCCUUGCGGCGCAGGGUUUGCCCGACAAGACGCUCUCACCCGACACCGACAACGCGGCAUGUGUGUCGGCGGUUUUGCCGAUGCAGUUCGCAGGCAAGCAAAGCGUGGCCGGCCCAAGAAGAAUCGACCAGAUAUGGAACAGCGAACAGAUAAAUCCAGCAGGACACGACAAGCACUAGCUUCCAACACUUCAUCUGUCUCUGCAAGCUCACCCUACUCUGAUGCUCGAUCGCCAUCACCAUUUGACGCGUAUGAGCCCACGCAACCUCACAGCCUCCCAGAACUGCUUUCCCGCACAAGUAGCUACAACGAUCAGAUCACCUCAUCAUCAGAUGCAUUCGGUUUAUCAAGCCCCUUUGACGAAGGUGCUCACCGUACAACCUCAAGCUUUGCAUCAUCGUCGUCUUACGUAGGCGACAUUACAUCUAUGAAUCUUCUCCAGCAGCUAUCCCAAGACAAGCACACGCCUCCGAUGUCACCCGUCGACCUUGAGUCACAUCUGUCAGGGCCGGCAAACGUGUUAGGCACACCAUUCCAGCCUACUUCGUUGAAGGCCUCGUCCAGCCCGUCGCAGCUGUCAGUUCAGUCUCAACAAUUUACAACUCCACCUACAUCCCCCGUGGAUGUCAAAGAUGAUCUUGACGAGUUGUUCAACACACCACCCGAGAACUCAUGCUCGCAAUUCGAACUCGAGAUGAAAGCGAUGGGCGAAUUCACUUCGAUGGAUUCUGCCUCGUACGACUUCCUUGACUUCACUGUGUAAAGACACAACACUAACUUGGCAAUGCUGUAUAAUAUGGAAGGUUUAACGAACGUAAUGAUUGAUGUAUCAUCAUCUGAUAAUUGGAUAGGCUCGGUUAUGACUGGGCAGGAACUGGACUGGUCUCGUCCGCAUUGUACAUGGAAAUUCUGGGCUUACGACAGAAUGAUAUUUGGUUUUUGGGGGUCUUAUUCUAAGUGGCCGCAGCGCGCAUACCCACUCUUUGUUUUUUGGCAAGCGACGUUGAAUGGCAAGGCGUAUACGGUUGGAAACUUUUGCUUGUAAUGCCUGACUACGGGCUUUGAUAGCCAUGGUAGUCAUGGGCGAUACGUCGCCAUGAGAUUACUACGCUCUGGUACAACACAGACGAUAUAUAUAUUCUGUCGUUGAACUC